AAUUUAGUCGUUUUUAUGCAGUUGUAGCCGCUUACAUUUUUAUUGUUAGUGUUCGGUAAAGUCUUGACAUUUUCGAUUGCCGAUGAACCGCACAUACAACACAAAUUUAAUUUUUUAGACUCUUGGUGAUUUUUCAUAUUUGUCCCAACGGUAUACAGAAAGUUGAACUUAAAAAAAACUUCUCAAAAUGGGUGAUGGAGAAUAUGACAAGGAACAAUUGAGAAUUCUUCGGAAUGCUUUUAAAGCCUUCGACCACGAUGGUUCAGGAUGGAUCGAGCAUGCAGAUGUUUCUAGCAUUCUUGAAAUUUUAGGUCAAAAAUUAGAGCCGCCAGCGGUUAAAGCACUUAUUAAAGAAGUAGAUAAGGGGGCAACAGGUAAAUUGGAUUUUAGCCAAUUCUGCAAACUGGCCGCUCGUUUUAUUGAAGUUGAGGAAGAUGUAGGAGCAUUGCAAAAUGAGUUAAAAGAAGCUUUUCGUGUAUACGACAAAGAAGGAAAAGGAUAUCUAACCGUUGCAACACUGAGAGGCAUUCUUCACGAAUUAGAUGAUAAAUUGUCUAACCAAGACUUAGACAUGAUAAUAGAAGAAAUUGAUGCGGAUGGCUCGGGUACAGUUGACUUUGACGAAUUUAUGCAAGUCAUGACAGGUAUAUAAGUCGCAACGAGCCGGAUCGGACGACUCUAACAAAUAGCUCCCAUAGGAACAAUAGGGGAAAAAAUAUUUGAACUUAGCUGUUUUUUAUUUUUAGUUUUUGUUUUUUUUUAUGAACUGUAAUGGUUUACUAUUUUAAAAUUACGGUUUAAAUUUGAAUAAACAGCCCCCAUUAAAACAA